AUCAUCGAGGACCGUCCAUCGAGACGUGCUCCCAAGGCAGAAAGUUCAACAUGAGCACUUCCGACCGCAGUAAGCGCCACAAGCAGCGCAAAGUACUGCUGAUGGGCCGAUCUGGAGCGGGAAAGUCGUCAAUGAGAUCCAUUAUCUUCAGCAACUAUGUGGCCAAAGAUGUACGGAGACUCGGAGCGACAGUCGACGUCGAGCAUGCGAACAUUAAAUUCAUGGGAAACCUCAUGCUCAAUCUAUGGGAUUGUGGAGGACAAGACUCUUUCGUGGAAUCAUACCUCACCAACCAAAGAUCGCACGUCUUCACCUCCGUAGCAGUUUUGAUCUUCGUCUUCGACGUCUCCUCCAAAGAAGCAGCGUCAGAUAUGCUCAGCUUCGCCUCCACCAUCCGCGCCCUGAAAGAAUACAGUCCCAAUUCCAAGAUCUUCAUAUUGAUUCACAAGAUGGACCUCAUCCGACCUGACCAGAAACACAACAUCUACGGCCACAAAAUGCGGGACAUCCGAGCCACCUGCGACGACGAAGGCUUCCACAGUGCACAAGUCGACUUUUGCCCAAGCUCCAUUUGGGAUCAAAGUCUCUACAAAGCGUGGACGCAGGUCAUCUACUUCCUCGUACCAAACGCGAACACGAUAGAAUCGAUGCUGCAGCGUUUAGCAGACCUCCUCGAUGCAAGAGAAAUGAUCCUCUACGAACGCACGACCUGCCUAGUCGUCACGCACAUCACACGCGGCAACGAAGAGCGUAAUCCUUAUACCGAUCGCUUCGAGCGGAUCAGCAGUAUUCUCAAAACGCACAAACACUCCAUGUCCAAGCACACAGGCACCAUGGCGUCCGAAGUCUCGUUUGCGGAAAUGCAGAUCAAGACCGGAUCGUUCAUGUUCUUCAUCACGCGGUUGACGGAGAACACGAAUUUGGCGGUCGUCAUGCCGAGUGAUGAGGCGUGUUUCAAUGCUGCGAGGAACCAUGCGCUCGUUCUGUGAUUUGCUUGGAUACGUCUCCAGCCAAUGCAUAAAGUGUCGUCGCGGAAAGAUGCAGUAUGUUGCAUCGUUGACGUUUGCAAAGUACAAGUUCAGGAGGUGAAUGGUCGCAUCGCGGUCGACAAAAUAGGGAUCCUCCUCCCAGCUCAGGACUCUUGAAGGCGAUCGUGGAGCUGCCGAGCUGGCAGCAGAAUGAUGGUGGUGGUAUGCUUGUGUUGGCGGUCCUGGAGGUUGUUGAACUGCGCCAUUGCUUCCAUAGACUGGCGAUAUGGAUCGAGGCUUCUUGGAAGGCAUUCCGGGAGGUGGAAAGUCGUCCGCGAGGCGUCGCUUGAGCGCAACAUCGGUAGUGUAUGCGCGAGGAGAUGAAUCCGACAUGCUUUUUCGGGAGGGCGA